AUGGGGUCCAGCGGCAAGCUCCUCGUGCUCCUAUUCUUCUCGGGGGCGCUGGCUCUGGCGGCGGCGGCGGUGGCCGGCGCGGAGGACCAUGACCGGUGCGAGCCGGGGCAGGGCGUCGUGCCCAAGGACCCGCUGCCGGGGUGCCGGGCCUACCUGCUGCGGCGGUGCGCCGGCGGGGACCCGCCGGGGGUGCGGGCGCGGUGCUGCCACCAGCUGAGGGAGGUGGCGCCCUACUGCCGCUGCGAGGCGCUGCGCGCCAUGGUGGAGGUGCUGGUCGAGGAGGAGGAGGCGCCGCCGAGGUGCAAGAAGGGCGCCAUGGCCGCCAUCGCCGCCGGGCUGCCCGGGCGCGACGAGUGCGACCUUGAGACCGGCGCCGCCGCCGGCGAGGGGGACGACGGCGAAUCGCGCCGCUGCCCUAACAUCGUGAUUAAGUAA